AUGGCGCAUCCCUCCAUUAAAAUCGACACGAGCGUCCAGUCUACCAAGCGCGCUCUCCCCGAGGACACCGAGGCAGGCUUGGAGAUCGCAUACGGCUCCGAUGACGCCCCAGCGUUGGACGUUGGCGAUCAUGAUUCCGUGCCGCCGUUCCUCUGUCAGUCGGUCGUAGAAAUUCAUAACAAAUUCGAAGAACUUGAAUGGAUGCAACGGACGCGGCUUCUGGAGGGCACGCAGGCCAACGACCCCUCACAUCGAUGGGCGCUAGAAGCAGAUCCGGAAGUUAGAGCAAGGAACCGAUAUAUGAACGUCCAGGCAUGGGCCAACUCUCGCAUUCAUCUGCGCGUCCCGGAAGGUGAAUGCGACUUCAUCAACGCGUCGCCGAUCGUUCUUCAAGAUUCAGUGUCGCAGCAGGCAAGGAGGUAUAUUGCGACCCAGGGCCCGAAGCUUGGCCAUGUGGCCCAUUUCUGGCAGAUGGUGUUCCAUGAGAGCAAGGACGUCGGAGUAGUCGUCAUGCUCACGCAGACCUUAGAGUCCGGGCGCGAGAAGUGCUCGCAGUAUUUCCCCCUCAACAGCGACAGCCCUUCCAUGCCUCUGCGGCAAGUCGAGUCCGAUCAGUACGCAAGCGACGACGAUCAGCACAGCAACGGCGAGCUCUUGGGGGAAGUCACACUUUUGGAGACCUCGUGGGAUCCCGCGUCGCGGUCUGAAAUCCGAAAGCUUCAGCUCACUUUCGGCGGCGAGACCAAGACCGUGUGGCACUUCUUAUUUGCUGGCUGGGCCGAUUACUCCAAACCCGAAGGCGAAGAUCGGGAUGCGCUUUUGCAGCUGAUCAAGCUGUCCGACUCGAAGAGCGCGCCGGACAAUCCACGCAUCGUGCACUGCAGCGCCGGCGUGGGCCGCACCGGCACCUUCAUCGCGCUCGACCACCUGUUGCAGGAACUCGAAUCGGGCCAGCUGCUGGAGGCCGUCGGCCCGGAGGUCGACCCCGUCUUUGAGACGGUCAACCAGAUGCGCGAGCAGCGGAUGAUGAUGGUCUACAAUGAGAUGCAGCUGCAGUUUAUAUACGAGGUCCUGCGCGAGCAGACCGAUCUGAAAUUGGGCAAGGUUACCGGGCGCAAGUCGGACGAACGGUCCACCAAGAUGGCCAAGUUGUCCAACGAGGCCAAAUACCUCGCCAACUACCACGUUUCCUCCAAACCGGAGUUGGAGCCGUCCACACCGACGCGUAGCUGGUCGGGGACACCGGAGGUGUCUGAUAAUGAAUGA